AUGAAUAAUGGGGUUAGGGCAUUAUAUGUGUAUAAUUCAUCCCCGAAUAGUUCUAAUUUGAUAUAUACUAAAACUUUUGUUAAUAUCGAAGUUUAUGCUAGGAGUUUACAAAAUGCAGAUUAUAUAAACGUACUGAAAAUAAAAAAUAUAGAAUAUUUAAUUAAAAGCCAAAUCAUUGAUAAAGAAAAUGAAGAGAAAUGGGUAUAUGAUAAUUUUCUUGAAUUAAAUAAAACAAUAAGUUGUUAUAAAAUUCAUAUAAAAAAUAAAAUAUUAUAUCCAUUUUUAUUGGGAAAAAAAGGAAAUUUUAUAGUUAUUAUUUUAUUAUUUAUCGAUAAUAAUGAUGAUAAUAAUAUAUGUAUAAUAAAAAAUAAUAGUAUAAAAUUAUUUUAUUACAAUUUUAUAAAUGAUUUAUUAAAUUAUAUUAAAAAUAUAAUGAUAAAAUAUGAUCAAUAUUUUUGUAAAAAUAAUAAUAUCUAUAUUAUACAUAAAUUAAAAAACAAGUUAGAUUAUUAUAUAGCCAAUACAAUUCCAUAUGGUCGAGUUGUAAAUAAAAAUUAUUUUUUUAAUUAUAUGAAAAGAGAUAUGUAUAAAUCUGAAAAUAUUUUAGAUAGUAAUGUAUCCAUAUUUUAUGAUUAUUUAUAUUUAACAAAUAAUAAAAAUUUAAUAAUUAAUGAAAAUAAAUUAAAUGAUAUAAAAAAUUAUUUUAUUAGAAAAGAUAGUAACAAUAUUGAUGAAAAAAUAAAACUAGACAAUUCAGAUUCUACUAAUUUUAUUCCAAAGUUUGGAGAAAUUACACAAUAUGUCUAUACCCCCCAAAAUUUACAAAAUAAAAAUAAUAAAGAAAAACCAUUUGAUAUUGAUAACAAAAAUCAUGAACAUUCUUAUCAUAUAUUAAAUAAAAUGUCAAAUAAUAUAUUAUACACAAAUAGUAAACCUCCUUUUGUUAAUUAUAAAAAUAUAGUACUUAUAGAUGAUGAAACAAAAUAUAUUUUUUUCAAAUUGUUACAAAAUUUUUUUAAUAUUAUUAACAAAAAAAAUUAUUUAAAUGAUAAAAAUACAACCAAUUAUUUUUAUUCAUUAUAUCUAUUAUAUUUUUAUAAUUAUUCUAUAUAUUUUGAAAAAAAUAAAAAAAUAUUAAUAAAUAAAUUGGAAAAAUAUGAAUAUUCCAAAAAUAACAAAGAAAAUAUUCAAACAUAUACCCCUAUAUAUACAUAUGAGAAAAAUACACACACUAUUCCAUGCAUAACUAUAAAGGAAGAAUUAACCUGCUUUAUAACAAGCUCUCAAAAUAAUGAUACAAAAAUAAAGGGGGAAAUAAUAUUAAAACAUCAAGGAGAAAAAUAUUUAGACAUAAAUAUGGUUAUUGAAUUAGAUAACGAAGAUUGCGAUAUAUAUACUGACAGUUUCUCAAUCUUUGAAAAAAAGGGCAAAAAUCUAAAGAUACAAUAUCCAUGCAAACAUCCAAAGAAUAAGAUAAUUACAUAUUAUUAUAAAAAUUUGCCAAGUCCUUUCUUUGGGUCAUAUAAAACUAAAAUGCUAAAUGAAAAAAAUAUAGAGAUAAAUAUAACACUACAAAGAAAUAACAAUUUCCCAUACAUCCAAUUAAAACAAAAGACAGAUGAAUAUUUAUUUUUUAGAUUACCAUUUCCUUUUGAUAUUAUUAAUCACACUUUAAAAUGCAAUUUCGGAAAAAUCCAGUUUGAUAAUAAAAAAGAAAUAAAAUGGACAUUCCCUAACUUUGCAAGAGAAUCACCAGCAAUAUUAAACGGAACGAUACAAAUCAAUUGUAUAGAAAAAACAUUAAAACAGCUAGCUGGAGAAGUUCAUAUUUUUUUCAAAUCAAAUUAUUCUAAAACGAAAAUUGUUCAUUCGAAUAUACAAUUUUCAGCUGAUUAUAUUCUUCAAUCGAAAAAUUUAAUUAUGUUAAGUUCUUAA